AUGUUUCGAACUUCCUCGUCUUCUGAGAAAACUCUCUCCGAUUCUAAGUCUGAUUCAGCUGUUAUUGAAGACUAUGAAAUGGUGAAUCUAGUAUCAAAACCAGCUAAAAAGAAGUUCGUGACCAUCAACGAACUCGAGGAGGUAUGCGAAAUGGGAACGUUUAAGGAUCGUUUUGAAAAAGUAAGUCUCUAUUCUUUGACAUUUUUGGCACUUUUUGUGGGUGGGAAAGUCAGAGACGACUUCCCUGGAAAACAUGGCCGUAACUCAUCGGAAGGAUUAACUGGUAAUGCCUAG